AAUUAUCAUCAGUCAAUGAAAUGUAUCCCCAUCAUAACAUGGGGCUUUCACAAAUGGUUUUAGAAAGUCCAUUUCCAUCUCCAGAUCUUUUAACGAUGUCAACGUUACCAGUGUCUACUCCUUCAUAUUCUCUGAUCUCUUUCAGUGAUCCACAAACUUUUAAUUACCAAUUUAAUCCGAGACGAUCCCAACCUUUUCCUAUAUAUGAAACUGACUAUCAGUCUCGAAUUACAUCUGCUGGCUCAGCUAACACACUAAGUCAAAAACCACCUGUAUACACUAAAUGGACCGAAGAAGAAGAUGAACUUUUAAGAGCCGCUAUAAGUAUUUAUGGUCCACAUAAAUGGUCUCUCAUAGCCGCUCACGUACCAAAUAGGACCCCAAUGCAAUGUUCAACUAGGUGGUUAGGUGCUUUAAAUCCAACUAUUCAUAAAGGACGUUGGACCCCUGAAGAAGAUGCGGCUUUAAAAGAGGCAGUUAGCGAAUAUGUAGAUCUUCUCGAUUCGGAUGGUCAUCCACAACCUAUACCUUGGAAUAAAAUUGCCUCACGUAUUCCUCAUAGAACUGGUAUUCAAUGUCAAGCUCGUUGGUCUGAAGCUUUAGAUCCAAGUGUAAGAAAGGGAAAGUGGUCACCUGAAGAAGAUGAAGUAUUGAAAGAAGGUGUAAGAAGAUAUGGUAGAUGCUGGAUUCGUAUCGCGGAAUUAAUCGAAGGAAGAACUCAAAGACAAUGUAGAACACGUUGGGUACAGAUAAAAAACAAACAGGCCAAAAUCGAACGUGACGCUAUUGCGGCCAAAGUUACUACAGAGACAACAAUUUCAACUGAUGAUGAAAGUAACGAUAUAUUGACUCCUCCACGUACGGCACCACCUACACCAGCUCAGCAUAAUACACAAGGGCAAAGUUUGCACUUGUUAAGAUCAAUGAAUCAUAUAACUGCUGUUCCUACCAUAGUGCCACAGGUCACAACCAUAAAAAAUCAAAGUCCCACCAUGUCCCCAACGGGGACAAGCGUAACGGAUGAAUCAUGUGUUACAACCCCUGAAAACUCCUCCUCCCCUCCCUAUUUCGAAAAACCGAAUGUGUAUCUCUAUACACAUUCUUAUUAAACUAUUUUAAAAAAAUUUUUUCUUUCUCGUAUUCUUUUUUUUCGAUUUUUUUUUUCCUAUAUUUGAACAAUAUAUGUUUAUUUUUAAU